UUUCUUUCUUUCUUUCUUUCUUUCUUUCUUUCUUUCUUUCUCUCUCUCUUUCUCUCUUUCCUUCUUUCUUUCCUUCUUUCUUUUUUUCUCCCCCCCUCCUCCUUUCCCUCGGUGCUUAUCAUUUAAUUACGUCUCUUUUCUCCCCCUUUUUAAUUUUGCGGGAAGCCGAGGUGAUAGAGGGGGAGGGGGGGUUUCCUGUCUCUUUCCCUCCGUUCACUUGGGACCGGCGGAUGCGAGUCACACACGCUCCCUCCCUCCCUCCACGCUCUCCCUCCCUCCCUCCCUCCUCUCUGCCUCUCUGCCGGUGGAAGUUAGCAGAGAAGGGGGGGGCCAUUAGAUCACUUCGGCAGCGGCGAGAAGGAGGGGAGUCCUGCCUGCGAAGCGCGCGUCUACCAGGCGAGGGAAGGAAAAGAAGCGUUGAGAGUUGGGCUCCCAUUUUCUCCGUUCUGCUCGGCGCAGUGGAGCUGCGGGACUUUCGCUGUUCUUUAGCCAGCUCUCCGCCUUGCACCUGUUCGAGUCGCCUUCGCAGCCGCCGUUUGCCUCGGGCCGAGGCGGUCCCCGGAGGAAGAAAGUUUUGCUGCCGCCUGAGGAGAUUCUCGCGCGCGCGCUCCCGCUCUUUCUUCAAGCUCACAGGGACCAGCCGAAGUGCCCCCACAGGCAGACUCUCGGGGGCUCCCUCCUCCUCCUCCUCCUCCUCCUCCUCCUCCUUACCUUUGAUCGUCGUAGUGCACUCUUAUACCAUUUCUUACGCCUCAGCACCUCGUCUUCUCUCCCGGGCUCCUUCGUCUGUGUUUCGCUUCGCCCCUCCGCUCGGCAGACGCCCGGCUCCUUUGCUCUAUGUUUUGACAUUGUGGAGCCUGGUGGCCCCUAGCAAACUGCGUGAAUGUAUAGCAUGAUGAUGGAGGCGGACAUGCACUCGCCCGGUGGAGCCCAGGUCACCACCAACCUUUCGGGCCAAACCGGUGCGGGAGGAGGCGGCGGCGGAGGUGGCGGCGGCGGGGGGGCCAAGGCCAACCAAGACCGAGUCAAGAGGCCCAUGAACGCCUUCAUGGUUUGGUCGCGGGGCCAGCGGCGGAAGAUGGCCCAAGAGAACCCCAAGAUGCACAACUCCGAGAUCUCCAAGCGCCUGGGCGCCGAGUGGAAAGUCAUGUCCGAAGCGGAGAAGAGACCCUUCAUCGACGAGGCCAAGCGCCUGCGGGCGCUGCACAUGAAGGAGCACCCGGAUUAUAAAUACCGGCCGAGGAGAAAGACCAAGACUUUGCUAAAGAAAGACAAAUAUUCGCUGGCCGGCGGGCUGCUAGGCGCCGGUGGUCCCGGGGGCGGCCCUCCGGUAGCGAUGGGCGUAGGAGUGAGCCCCGCCGGCGUCCAACGCUUGGAGAGUCCCGGUGGAGGUGGCCCCGGGGGUGGCGGGAGCGCCGGCGGAGGUGGCGGAGGCUCAGGCGGUGGCUAUCCGCAUAUGAACGGCUGGGCUAACGGCGCGUACCCGGGCUCGGUGGCGGCGGCGGCGGCGGCGGCGGCGAUGAUGCAAGAAGCACAGCUCGCUUACAGCCAGCACCCAGGCAGUGGUGGCCACCCGCACGCCCACGCUCAUCACCCGCACCCGCACAAUCCCCAGCCAAUGCACCGCUACGAUAUGGGCGCCCUCCAGUACAGCCCCAUCUCCAACUCGCAGGGCUACAUGAGCGCCUCGCCGUCGGCCUACGGCGGCAUCUCCUACGGCGCCCAGCCACAUCAGAACUCGGCUGCUGCGGCCGCCGCGGCCGCCGCAGCUGCCGCGGCCGCUUCGUCAGGAGCUCUCGGCGCGCUGGGGUCCUUGGUCAAAUCCGAGCCUAGCGUGAGCCCACCCGUCACCUCAGCGCACUCACGGGCCCCUUGUCCCGGGGACCUGCGCGAAAUGAUCAGUAUGUACUUGCCCGGCAGCGAAGGCGGGGACCCAGCAGCCGCCGCCGCCGCCGCUGCAGCCGCGGCCGCUGCCCAAAGCCGGCUCCACUCUUUACCCCAGCACUAUCAGGGCACCGGCACGGGGGUGAACGGCACCGUGCCCUUGACGCACAUCUGAGACGGACCGAAGGAUGGACGCCGCCGCCGCCGCCGCCGCCGCCACUGCAGCCAAAGGGGAUGUGGUCCUUGGAGCGGGCUGGCUCCCUCUGCGCCAUCCCUUUUCCCAACUCUUCCCCGCAGCCCCUUUUGUACAGAACCAGGGCGAUGCUUUGAAGUCCUUAUAAUUAUUAUUAUUAUUAUUAUAACAAACAUUCAUAGUACAAAGGAUAAUGAAGAGAAAAGGUAACAGGUUGCUGUAAUGCUAACUCCUUCUCGUGUCUCCCCCAGCCCAAAGAACUAGGUUUUGAAACCAGUGGGGGUUAUUAUUAUUAUUAUUAUUGCUAUUAUUCCUUCUGUUGUUGUUUUAGACGAACUGUGUUUUAACUGAGAUUUUUUUUCCUUUUGUACAGUAUUUAUCAUUCACCCACAAAUCACAUAGCCUUUUUAUUUACUAAGCAGUAUGGGGAUCGGGAGAGAAACCGAGAGAAGAAAAUGCUAAUUAUUAUUAAUAAUUCAAAGGUUUAGGUGAUGCCAACUUCUUUGCCAUAUAGAAGCAUUAACUGGUCGCUAUUGGGGCAACUUCUUGUGAAGAUUUUAAAGCCUAAUUAAAGAAAAAAUAAAGUCAAGAACCAUCUUAAAACUUUUUGGGGUGCUUCUUAUAAAGCAGGGUUCUUUUGGUUCUGUUUAUUUAUAAGGGUUUUUGUUUCAUGAUCAAGAACAAUAUUCUGAAUUUUGUAAAUGUUUCUUAUGUCUGCAUUUUUCUUUUGGUAACUUUUUAUAUUUUUUUCUUGUAAAUGCAUUGUGGAAUAAUUUUAAUUAAUUUUAGGCAUUAAAAGGGAAUUCAUAAAUGUGUAUAUAGUUUACUAAAAAGCAUUUUCGCUGAAGAAGAAAACAAAUAAAAAUCUAAAGAUAAGUUUGAUUCUGAGUUAAAUCAAUUUCAAAAUAAAAUUGGAACCAGGUGAUCCAAAAUAUACUAAUUCAUGACAUGCCUUUAAACUGGACACUUUGUAUGUUUAAAUAUAACUGGAAAAGAUCGGUAACACCAAAAAUCUAACAUGGGGUAGCCUUUCAUGGUUUUUAUUUUAAAGCAGUUAGAUCUAGUGAUUUAAAGGCACCACGCUACAAAAAGGAGACUGAGUUCUAGUCCCAAACCGAUUGGGUGACUUUGGGCCAGUCACUCUCUCAGCCCAACUUACUUCAUAGGGUUGUUGUUGUUGUGGAGAAAAUAGGAGGAGGAAGGAGUAUUAAAUAUGUUUGCCACCAUGAGUUAUUUUUAAAAAAUAUUAAAGGUAGAAUUUUUUUUUAAAAAGCAAAUGGAGGAAAGUGGGGUUUUUAAUUUGUUUUUAAGUGGUGUAGGUUUGGGAUAUUAUUUUAAUAUCUGUGCAGUAUGGCUAAAGAAGGCAAUGCAGUAAGUCAUUUCUAGACUGUAUUUCAUUUAUUUUGUUAAAUUAUGUAACUGCUUGGUAAACAUAAAUAAGUUUUUGUCUAACUUCUGUUUCUUCAGUUAGCACCAGAGUUUUAAAAAGUUUGGACAAUGCCUCUCUCUCCCCCAGCUCCCAAUUUCUUUCACUCCACACUGUGUUUGUGGUAUUUAGAUGAAAAACAAUUUCUUGUAUGAAUAUUGAUCAAGUUUAGGCACAAUGAAGGAUAGCUAACAUUUAAAAAAUGGUUUAUAUAUUGCCCCAGCAAAAUGAUCUUUUGGCGGAGGGUAAAUGCUGUUACAUUCAAGUAAUAUAUUUGUUUGCAGACAUUUCUGUUGUUUAACGUUUUAAAUUUUACUUUUAAAGUUAUUUCUUCCAUGGCUAAAAUGAAGUUAGAUAUUAAACUUGACAGAAUACUAAAGCCAAAGGUUAGGUUGCAGAUUAUAAUUAUUGCUUCAGCUUGAAAAAAAAGAAAGAAAAAAAAAACAUAUAAGGAAAUCAUGCCUGUUAAUAGCCUGGGUGGGGGAUGGCAAUGAAGUCCAGAGGAAAAAUAUUGGAUAAAGUAAAUAUUUAAUAUUUUAUUUGUGUCCAUUGCCUGCAGUUCCUGAAACAACUUACUCAGAAAUAACCACUACUGAAUCUCUAUGAAACCCUUGGGUAGGUGCCAGUUUAUUCCAGAGUAAAACCUUUGACAGAUGAGAAGCCACACACAUUUUCUGGAAGUAAGCCCCUCUGGUUUCAGCGACAUUUAUUUUGAAGUGAUGUGGUUAACAACCGCAAGAGCUGACUGAUUGAAUUUCUUUUAGAAACUGCUUACAUUAUAUUGUUUUGCGGUCUAAGCAAUAGCCAUCUUUAUUUAAAUGAUUAGUUUUCUUUAUAGAUUGGGGGUUUUGUUUGUUUUUUUAAAAGGAAAUAAAAUAUAUUUCCAUUUU